UUAAAUAAUUCUUCAACGUCCAAGAUAAUCAGCUCUUACAAAACCUUGGGUGAAGUAGCUGGAUCAAAACUCUUCCAUGAAUUCAUGGCUAACUCCAGAUUCCUUUCUCCUUUCCUUCUCCUCUCCUGGCCUGAGCAGCAUGACUGAGGGGCUGGGCCAGCUCACAGAUGGGGUGUCUGGCCUGGAUGAUUUCACCCAGACUCAUGAAUACCACGUGUGGCCAGGCUAUGACUAUGUGGGCUGGCGGAAUGAGAGCGCCACCAAUGGCUACAUCGAGAUCAUGUUUGAAUUUGACCGCAUCAGGAAUUUCACUACUAUGAAGGUCCACUGUAACAACAUGUUUGCUAAAGGUGUGAAGAUCUUUAAGGAAGUACAGUGCUACUUCCGCUCAGAAGCCAAUGAAUGGGAACCCAGUGCUGUCUCCUUCCCCCUUGUCCUGGAUGACGUCAACCCCAGUGCUCGUUUUGUCACAGUUCCUCUCCACCACCGCAUGGCCAGUGCCAUUAAAUGCCAAUACCAUUUUGCUGACACCUGGAUGAUGUUCAGUGAGAUCACCUUCCAAUCAGAUGCUGCAAUGUAUAACAACUCUGGAGCUCUGCCCACCUCGCCUAUGGCACCUACAACCUAUGAUCCAAUGCUUAAAGUCGAUGACAGCAACACUCGGAUCCUGAUUGGCUGCUUGGUGGCCAUCAUCUUCAUCCUCCUGGCCAUCAUUGUCAUCAUCUUGUGGAGGCAGUUCUGGCAGAAAAUGCUGGAGAAGGCUUCCCGGAGGAUGCUGGAUGAUGAAAUGACAGUCAGCCUUUCCUUGCCAAGCGAGUCCAGCAUGUUCAAUAACAACCGCUCCUCAUCACCUAGUGAACAGGAGUCCAACUCGACUUAUGAUCGCAUCUUUCCCCUUCGCCCUGACUACCAGGAGCCAUCCAGAUUGAUACGAAAACUCCCAGAAUUCUCUCCAGGGGAAGAGGAAUCAGGCUGCAGUGGCAUUGUGAAGCCAGUCCAGCCCAGUGGACCUGAGGGGGUGCCCCACUAUGCUGAGGCCGACAUCGUGAACCUCCAGGGAGUGACCGGAGGCAACACCUACUCAGUGCCUGCUGUCACCAUGGACCUGCUCUCAGGAAAAGAUGUGGCUGUGGAAGAGUUCCCCAGAAAACUUUUAACGUUCAAGGAGAAGCUGGGAGAAGGCCAGUUCGGGGAGGUUCAUCUCUGUGAAGUGGAGGGAAUGGAAAAAUUCAAAGACAAAGAUUUUGCCCUAGAUGUCAGUGCCAACCAGCCUGUCCUGGUGGCCGUGAAAAUGCUCCGAGCAGAUGCCAACAAGAAUGCCAGGAACGACUUCCUUAAGGAGAUAAAGAUCAUGUCCCGGCUGAAGGACCCAAAUAUCAUCCGUCUCUUAGCUGUGUGUAUCACUGAGGAUCCUCUCUGCAUGAUCACGGAAUACAUGGAGAAUGGAGAUCUCAAUCAGUUUCUUUCCCGCCAUGAGCCUCCCAAUUCCUGCUCCAGCAAUGUACCCACUGUCAGUUAUGCCAACCUGAAGUUUAUGGCUACCCAGAUUGCUUCCGGCAUGAAAUACCUUUCCUCUCUUAAUUUUGUCCAUCGAGAUCUGGCCACACGGAACUGCCUAGUGGGUAGGAACUACACCAUUAAAAUAGCUGACUUUGGAAUGAGCAGAAACCUAUACAGUGGUGACUAUUACCGGAUCCAGGGCCGGGCGGUGCUCCCCAUCCGCUGGAUGUCCUGGGAGAGCAUCUUGUUGGGCAAAUUUACCACAGCAAGUGAUGUGUGGGCCUUUGGAGUGACUCUGUGGGAGACUUUCACUUUUUGUCAAGAGCAACCAUAUUCCCAGCUGUCAGAUGAACAGGUUAUCGAGAAUACUGGAGAGUUCUUCCGAGACCAAGGGAGGCAGACUUACCUCCCUCAACCAGCCAUUUGCCCUGACUCUGUGUAUAAGCUGAUGCUCAGCUGCUGGAGAAGAGAUACCAAGCACCGUCCCUCAUUCCAAGAAAUCCAUCUUCUGCUCCUUCAACAAGGCGAAGAGUGAUGUUGUCAAUGCCUGCCAAUGUCCCGAUGGCCCAAGUCCUCCCCACAAGACCUACCACUCAUCCACGUCUAAGCCACUCCAUCUGGACAUUUAGUGGACCUGAGGGACCGAGGCUUGUUAGCUUUUCUCUCUCUCUCUCUGUCCCUCUUUUCCCUCAUUCUACUACCCCACUCCCUACCACUGACUCAUAUAUACUUUUUUUUUUUUACAUUAAAGAACUAAAAAAGAAAAAAAAAAGCCUAGGACAAAUAAAAUAUAGUAAAAGAAAUCUUACUUGAUAUAACAAGUGUUAGAUAACAAAGGCUAGGAAAUACAGAUAAUUUAUAAAGGUUAAAUAUUCUUAUGUUUAUAAAUGUGCAGAUUUGACAAUAUUUUUCCAUGUCACCUUUUAUAAAAUAUCUUCAUAAAGGAAAAUUUGAAGAAUGCUCAUAUCUUGGGAAACAUGAGAUGAAGCAUAGGGAAAUAACUUGGUAGCCACAGAGAAUCUGAAGACUCAGCAUUUUACGACUAAUCAAAGAUGGUUUUGUGAUUUGAAAUCUGGACAUGUUGCACCCUGUUUUCCUUUUCUGUCAGAGUGUAUUGUACAUUCUUGAAGAGUCUUCAGUUCUUAGAAUGGCUAUUUUCUUCAUUCAUGGGCAGGGAUCAAGUUGAAGUUCACAUGUGAAACUGCAGGAAUGUAGAUAGGAAAGAAUGUCUGUUGCAAGACUGUAGGAAAGGGAAUUGUAAUUAGGACUCCUGCUUGGAAGAAUUCUUGAAUAGGUAGGAGACAUAGAAAAGGAAAUCUAUGGAGGAUAGGUAACAGAUAUACUGUUCAUUUGUGAGGAUCUUCUUCUUUGUCUUCUUCUGAUAUUUCCAAGUGUGUAUUUUAGUGAAAUCCUGAUUUUUUAAAUCAGUAAAACCUGAUUGUUUUGGUGUCUUGAUGGGAGGUCCUUUGGCCCUUCUUGCCCAGAUCUAUUGCUUUUAAUGGAGGAAACCUCUGUGGGAUACGUGCACUGGGGGCUGAACCGCUCUGGCAUAAAUACCUAAAGGCCAUGUAUAGCAGGAAGUGAGGUCUACUUUGAGUGUCCCCAAACAGUUGACCUAGGAUCAAUAAGGGGAAGCUACAGGAAGAGUUCUUAGGGAAUACAUAACCAGAGUCUGAACAUACAAAGAUGAACAGGCUUGCCCGUAGAGAUGGGGAGUCCUUUGUCACUGACAAGGGUCAUGUAUAGGCUGAAAAAUUAUGCAAGAAAGAUGGAGGUUUUCAAACACAAGAUAAAUGUCGGUGUGAGAAAAUAUUUAAUGUUCUUUAACCCUAAAACUCCUUGAUUCCAGUGAGGCACACUGUGACCAUCCACUGCUACUGUUCGGUGUACAUGCUCUUGCUUAUGACAUGAUGUGACCAGCAUAAAACCAUGAGGCUCUGGUCUCAGAAUUCAUGGAAAUGAAUGCUGUAUUGAGUAGGAUUCUCCUUAGAGCAGAAUCUGAGCUUUGAUCCUCCACAAAUCCGCAGAUUCAGUGGAAAGCUGGAAAAGAUGACCUUUAAUUUCCAUUGAGGACAAACCAGAAAAGAUUACAGAUAAGAUUCCCAGAGAAACUGUCUUGACUCCUCAAGUCUGCUUAUAUUGUUUUCCCAGUCCACAUAGUCUCUUGAGAAAUGCUAAUGUUUCCUCACUCGGCCUUCAAUAUAGCUAUUGCUCCAGCCACAGCCUUAGGAUAAAUCUGAGUCCCCAAGGCUUGUUUUGCAGAUCAUGUCUGAUUGUAGCAAACACCCUUUCUCCAUGGAUGUCCUAUGACUAUGCACUUUAGUCUCUCCCAGGAUUAACUUUGGAGAAAUCAUUGGUUUGUGAGGCAAGAGAGCACUGGUUUGGGAACUUUGAUCCUCUUUCUACACCAAGGCAAGUGUUCCAUCUUGGGGAAGUCACUUUAUUUCUCAGAAUUUUGUUUCCUUAUCUGUAAAUUAAGAAAAUUGAAUUAGAAGGUCUUGCAGUCUUUAGUUUUCUAGUUCUGAUAUGCUCAGUGUUUGCCAGAAAAUUGAUAUGGAUUUAGCAAUGUAGUUAAUUCCUGCUCUAAAAAUUGGGACCAGUAAAAAAGGUCAUGGGAAAUGCAAUAGUACUAAUAGUGACACUUGCAUUUGUAUAUUACUUUAUGGUUAUCAGGUAUUUCCAUGUACAUUAUUUCAUUUAAUAUGUUAAGAGUCAAAGAUGUUCUCUUACAAACUUGCCACACUCUGAUUUCAAAGUGUUAGCUUCCUUAGAAUUAGAAGCAUUUGAAAUCAAGACCUCAGGCCUGUUCUCUUUUAUCCUUUAUGCUUCAGGAGGGAUUACAUCCAGACGACUUCUUAUGCAGCAAGAGAAAAGAAUGUCAUUUUGCUUUCCUUUGUCUAAUAUCUCUUCAUAUUUUACAUUUCAGGCUUCUGUUCCAACUUACUGUAUUCAAUGAUCCCAUAUUUUAAAAUCAUGUUUAAAUGGAAAUUAGAAUAUCUGCAUUUCCCUGAGUUUGAGUCUCAGAAGUAAUUUGUUUUAGGUGGCUGUUAAAUAUGUGUUGUCAUAUACAGGUAUCCUUUUGUGGGUGAAGAAGGCUUUGUCUUCUGCUACUGAGCCCUUUGUAUUAUACACAGGCUUAACUUCUAAUCAAGUCAUACUUGUAGAGUGUAGCAGCACAAAUCUGAGUGACCUAACAGAAUAAAUGGGAAAGUCUUAGCAUAUAGAAUUUAAAAGUAGCCCAAAUUGAAAUUAAAGGCAUGAAACUAGGAUUUGUUUGGAAAAGGUAGGAAAAUUGAUGAGAAACUGUGGGGCUUUCUUAUCUUUGCAGUAAAUUAUCCUCUUCAUGAUAUAUAUGAAUUUUUUUAUGUCACUGUGUGUUUUAGGAUUGCCAGAUCCGAAUUUAUACUUUUGCUGGUCAAUGCGUUGAUGGCUAGACCCAAAUGUUGACAUAUAUGUCACAUAUGUGAUCAGGCAUGAAAAGAAGUGCCCAAAGGGAGCUUGUGAUUUUGAAGCUGUGAAAAAAAAAUCACUUGAGGGUGUUUAAGGGUGUGUAACAAAGGGAGUUUUGUGCAAGUGGGGAACAAAACAAAGUGGAUACGUGAAUGUGUGCAUGUGUAGAUGGGGAGGCUGGAGAAGGCCAGAAAGGAGGCUCCAAAAGGAGAGGCAGUGAGAAUGCUUGGGAAGGGAAGAUGUGGGGAAGAUGUGUUUAGCUCAAGCAAGGUGGAAACCACCAACCUGGAUCUGAUGGACUCCAUGAUGAAGCAUAAAAGCAAGUCUCUCUGAAGAGAGUUGUGAGAGAAGCUAGAAAAAGUAAGCGACUUGAAGAUAAAAGAAAAAUAUGAAUGGUGAAAGAGGAAAUUCAGGGUGAUACAGAUUGUAAAAAUAUUUAUUAAUAAAUGAAAAGUCAAGUGAGGUAUAUAAAAAUGGAAGGGUUUUUUUUUUUUGUUUUAAGAAAGGGGAUAUCCUUCAUGGAUAUAAAACCACAUAGUCAUCAAAGGAUGACCUUUUUAUUUCAGAGGAAGUGGGUGAAAGAGGCCACUUGAGUGCCUGUGUGUUCUAGACCCACUCAAGUGCUGAUGAGAAGAAAUCAACUUUUUGCCUGAACUUGGCUUUUCAAAUAUUGAGGUGGACAUGGAGACCUAGAGGUAGAGAGUUUAUGGUAGUUCCUAAAUCUUUGUGCUUCCUUCUCCUGUUUUUGUUAAUGAAACCAUUUUCAAAAAUGACUACAGGUAGACAUGGAAAUAAUAAGCAUAAGUUAGACAAGACUUAAUCAUGUGUGAUAUCUGCACAAAAGGUAUGCACCCUAUUGGAUACAUGCUUUUCAGUCCCAUCCAGACUUCCCCCAAGAAAGGCAUGAUGGGGUUGGGGAUGUGUUUUGACUAAAAGAGAACAGAAGGAAGGGAGUGUCUUAAUGAGGGAAAGGGAAGAUGUGCCAAGGAAAUAUACUAAAACAAAAUAGCAUGUUUUACCCAAAACUAUAAAAAUGAAGAGAAUGACAAUAUAUAGCUAUUAAGUCUUUGAUCCUCAGUUGAAUUCAUAGACAUGGAACUUUCCAUCUUAAGUCUUUUCCAUGAGGCCUCUAUCCUAUGGAAGUGCAGAAAGUCCCUAACAUUUCUGGACCAUGUCAAUCCUGUUCUACUCUGGGAAAUCCUUAUGAAUUGAAAUUUCACAUUUUUAUACAAAUAGAUGAAUGUCAUUGCCACUUGGUAACUUUUCUGGAGUGCUGAAUUAGAAGGGAAAAACAUUGGGGUGGUUAAUGAGGAUUCAGUUUCUGCCAUUUUGAGUUCCCUGCUCCAAUUAGCUGCAAUGUUUGGUGGCAGAAGAAUGGUAUUUGUUUAGUUGCUGUAUCUUUUUUGAAAACUUGUUAUCUUAAAAUAAUUUAAGACUCACAGGAAGUUAAAAAAUUACAAAGCAGCCUUGCCCUAGAUCUAGUUUCCCCUUGUUGGUAGUAUUUUACAGUCCAUUUUAAACUACGGAAACAGUAGUUCAUUUUGAACCAUUUUCAAAACCAGAAAAAUUGAUGAUGGUGUACUACUACUAACUAAACUACAGACUUUAUCUGGAUGUCACCAGUUUUUCUACACGUGCUCAUUUAGUUGAUAUAUUCUUUUUUUGCUGAUUUGUAACCUGGUGUUGCUUAUAUGCAACAUGAAAGACACGAUUUGGAUAGCAUUCUAUAAAAUUUGACAGAAUGUUCAAGAGAACAAAUUAAUCUGCUCAUUUAUCAAUGAACAAUAUCAUGCCUAACCUGGUUCUAAAUUUUAAGGUUUGUUUGGGUCUGAAACAAUCCAAGAAUGACAUAGAAGGAUUAGACAAUUCAAAAGCAAUAAGACCUGUUCACAGCUUGUUGAGUAGAGAGCAGGGAUAGAAGUACUAUCUAAGUAGUAUCUAAGUACUGUGGUUACUCCCAUUCCUACAGGUGAGUAGGACUUUCACUGGUGAGGAGGAGAACACCUUAGAGUGAACCAGAGUUUUGGCCAAGAGUUGGGUGGCACUUAUUUAAUGGCACCAGAUAUAGUUUACGGAAGGAACAGAAUACAAUGGUAUAAAUUCCUGAUGUGUGUGAUAAAACACUUUUUUCAGAGUAGAGAGAAGUGUAAUUUGUUUAAAUAUCUAUUCUUAAUUAGAAUAGCAAUCACACUGGACCAAAUUAAAUGCAAACACAGCCCCAAUCUAGGGAGAAGUUGAAUGGCUCUUUAGAUUUUGGCCUUAAACUUUGUGAUCACCAUUUUUAAGCUGCCCUAUUCAAGAUUGUAAUAGUAUGUCUUGUAAAGUUCUGAGGACAUUUGUGAACACUUGCUGAAUAUUUUAUGAAUUUUUUUGAAUGAAUAAAAGAUGGACACAAAAACUUGUUAUCUAGCAAGGGUGAAUCUAGAAAGAAUUGCUUUGCUUUAACAUUGAUAGCUUAUUUUGAAAUAAGAAACAAAUGCCCAGACUUGUACUAGGUGCAGUGUAUCCUCCAUUUGUAUAUGUGGUGAUGAAAAAAUUGAUCAGUGGAAAUGCUUCAUUCUUCAUAGUAUUUAGACAGUACUGCAAGGUAUCUUAAUAGUAUAUCAGAUCAAAAACAGAGUCCAGACUCUGGCUCUAAAACCAGCACAUUUGAUAUAAACCUUUUAGUUUUUCCUGUAGAUAUUUUGUCCAGAACUUCUUUACAGGCUUCUAGAGGGAAAAGGGAUGUGAAUCCCAAGGUAGCCCAUGCUCAUGAAUAGUCAUAAUUGCAUGUGCAGGGAGGGAGAGAGAGAGAGAGAGGGGUGAAUAUGAAUUACUUUCAGUGCAAAAUCAUUUUCCAAAAGAGAGGCUUGAAAAUAAUUGAAAGUUGCAAGGAUUCCUGCAAACACACAAAGUUUCUAAUUUAGCCUAUUUUAAUAGUUAUUUACUAUUGAUGCUGUCUUGCUUGUCUCUCAUUUUCUGAUGGUGACUUUUUCUGAGUACUGAGUUUCUGUAGCUGUGUGGUACACUCUAUGAUGAGGGAACAUCUGGGAUUCUGCAGGUUUUGGAGGAUAAUGUCUUUCAUCAAUGGGUAAAUAGCAAACAGAUUUAAUUUCUGCUUAAAACUAUCAUAGACAUUCCAAAAUAGAAUAUGUAAAGUUUUUCUGUAUUAGAAAAAGAAACAUGCUACCAAUUGUAUAUUUUCUUUUCUUUAUUUAUUCUCUGUAAGUCUGUCAGAUGAUAAAUUGUAAAUAACAAUGAUUAAAGAGUCAUGCUACUGAUGGAUCCUUCUCUGUGUAAAUA